UAAGAUGAGCUCGGAGGAGUCCCUCAAAUCCCUCUCUGUGGACUACCUCAAUCUCCUCAUCAAUGGCCAGGCCUUCAGCGACGUCGCGUUCAGCGUGGAUGGCCGCCUCAUCCACGCGCACCGCUGCGUCCUCGCCGCGCGCAGCCUCUUCUUCCGCCGCCUCUUCUGCGGCCCCGACCCCCCGCCGGGGCUCACCCUGCUCGACCCUCACCGCCACCACCACCAACACCAGCUUAGCCCUCGCUCUCCCUCCGGGCCGGCCUUGGGGACGGUGAUCCCGCUGAACUCGGUGGGCUACGAGGCGUUCCUGCUGCUUCUUCAGUUCCUUUACAGCGGGCAGGUGUCCGUCAUGCCGAACAAGCCCCGUCCUGAUUGCAGCGAACGCGGCUGCAGCCACACCCAUUGCACCUCCGCCAUCGAUCUUGCGCUCGACACCUUGGCCACCGCCCGGUCCUUCGGCGUCCAGGAGCUUGCCUUGAUCACCCAGAAGCAAUUGGAGAGCAUGGUGGAGAAAGCAUCCAUCAAGGAUGUGAUGAAGGUCCUCAUGGCCUCACACAAGCAGGACAUGCACCAGCUCUGGACCACCAGCUCCCACCUCAUCGCCGAUUCGGGCCUCCCGCCGGAGGUCCUCAGCAAGCAUCUUCCCAUCGACAUCGUCGCCAAGAUUGAAGAGCUCCGCCUCAAGCCCGGCCGCCACUCCUUCCUGACCCACCACUCCCACCCCACACACCACUACUUCCCAGCCGCAUCCCCCACCGCUGGGCCAGACGACCACCACAAGAUCCACCGCAUGCGCCGUGCUCUCGACUCAUCCGACAUCGACCUCCUCAAGCUGAUGGUGAUGGGGGAGGGUCUCGACCUCAACAAUGCCCUCGCCGUCCACUAUGCCGUACAAAACUGCAGCCGCGAGGUCGUGAAGGCCCUGCUCGAGCUCGGAGCAGCCGACGUCAACUGCCCGGCGGGGCCUGCCGGGAAGACACCCCUGCACAUUGCAGCCGAGAUGGUGAAUCCCGACAUGGUGUCCGUCCUCCUCGACCACCAUGCCGAUCCGAACGUCAGGACCAUCGAUGGUGUAACCCCGCUCGACAUCCUCCGCAACCUGACCUCUGACUUCCUCUUCAAGGGAGCAGUCCCGGGGCUGUCCCACAUUGAACCCAACAGGCUCAGGCUGUGCCUCGAACUAGUCCAGUCAGCUGCGAUGGUUUUAUCCCGGGAAGAGGAGGCGGCUGCUGCUGCCACCGCCGCCUCCGCCACUGGAGGCGGUGCUAGCGGUGGAAGCAAUCUUAACACAGCCAUCUACCAGUCAAUGAGUACAGAAGGGAGUGAUUGCAAUACGGCCAGCAACACUGACAGCAGUAUGGCUAGCCUUAGUUUGGAUUCAAGGAUGGUGUACUUGAAUCUAGGAAUGGCUGCUGCUUCUCAUUUGGGUUGUAAUAUUGGUGAUGGAAGGCAGGGCAGUAACGGAAGUAGGUCUCAGGGAGGCGGUGAGAUUGGCCCAUCAUCCAUGUUUACUCAUCAGGACUUCCCAUAGCCACCUUGUAAGCUAGCUACAGCAACUGUUCCUUAACUCUCUCUCUCUCUCUCUCUCUCCACGAACCCCCUCCCCAACCUAUAUGUCUUUCUCUCUAUAUCUACGCAUGGCAGGAACUAGAAUGGGAUUAGUUAAUUAGGGUGGAGGAGAUGGGAUCUUCUUCUUAUAUAAUUCUAUAUUAAUUGUCGUGAGGUUGUGGUUCUGUUUUCAUAUUCUCGUGUUGGAACGAUUGGGGAGGUUCAAGUGCAGUAUUAAAUCUGGUAUUUAAUUUUGGAUUUCUUUUCUAUUUGAGACCUUCAGUUCCAUUUUUUUAUCUAUUUAAUACUGUACGUGUUUUUGCCAUGGGCGGUGCAAGAGCAUGUGAGGC